AUGAAAGACUUAGAAAGUCAAAUAGAGAAAACAGAUGGAGCUUCGUCUCCUUCAGCUAGUUUAAAUUUGGAAAACUCCAAAUGGAAAGACUUUAAAGAUUCGUUCAAACGUGCCAAUAUAAACAAUGAUUCAAAUGCUAUAAGUGUCAAUGAUCCCUUUUCAAAAAGUUUAAAAGAAAGACACUUAAAAAUGAUCAGUCUUGCAGGUUGCAUUGGAACUGGUUUAUUUAUUGGUUCUGGAAAAGCCUUGAAAGCUGGUGGUCCUGCUGGUGUCUUAAUUGGUUGGGCAAUUGUGGGUUCAUCAAUUUUAUGCACAAUGCAUGCACUAGGUGAGCUUUGUGUCAAUUUUCCAUGUUCCGGUUCUUUUAUUGUGUAUUCUACCAGAUUCAUUUGUCCAAGCUGGAGUUUUGCAAUGAGUUGGAAUUAUGCAUUGCAGUGGCUUGUUAUUUUGCCAUUGGAAUUGACGGCAGCUUCGAUGAUUAUUGGAUAUUGGAACAAUAAAAUCAAUGCGGCAGCAUGGGUAGCAAUUUUAUGGACCUUUAUCGUUGUGAUUAAUGUUUUUGGAGUAAAAGGGUAUGGUGAGGCUGAAUUUUGGUUUUCAUUGAUUAAAAUUAUUACUAUUAUUGGAUUUAUGAUUUUGGCGAUAGUGCUAAUCUGCGGAGGAGCACCUAAAGGUGGGUACAUUGGUGGAAAGCACUGGCAUAAUCCAGGUGCAUUUUCUCAUGGUUUCAAAGGUGUCUGCAGUGUGUUUGUGACAGCUGCAUUUUCAUAUGCUGGUACCGAACUUUCAGGAAUGGCUGCUGCAGAAUCAGAAAACCCAACCAAAGUUCUUCCAAAAGCUAUCAAAAAGGUUUUUUGGAGAAUUGUGUUUUUCUAUGUUCUCCCAUUAACCCUUAUUGGAUUUUUGGUUCCAUAUAAUUCCGAGAAACUCAUUGGAUCCAAUUCAUACGACGCUUCAGCUUCACCAUUUGUUAUUGCAAUUACCAACGGUGGGAUCAAAGUCUUGCCAUCAAUUAUGAAUGCAGUUAUUCUCAUUGCAGUCACCUCAGUCGCCAAUGCUUCAGUGUUUGCCUGUUCAAGAACAUUACUUUCAUUAGGAAAUCAAGGAUUUGCACCAAAAAUUUUAUGCUAUAUUGAUAGAACAGGUAGACCAUUAGCUGCAGUCGGUUGUACAUCAUUAGCUGGAUUACUCUGUUUCCUCUCUGCAUCAUCUGCACAAGAAAAGGUUUUCACUUGGAUGCUAGCUAUUUCGGGAUUAUCAGCAAUUUUCGGAUGGGGUAGUAUUUGUUUAUCUCACAUUAGAUUGAGAUUAGCAAUGAAGGCCCAAAACCAAUCAUUAGAUGAUUUACUUUAUAAAUCUCAAGUCGGGUUUUGGGGAUCAAUGUAUGGUUUAAUUGUUAUGAUAUUGAUCUUGGUAGCCCAGUUUUGGAUUGCUCUUUUCCCAAUUGGAUCUUCUCCAAGUGCUGAAACAUUUUUCGAGUCAUACUUGUCUGGUGUUGUUGUAUUGGUUUGUUAUGUUGGCCACAAGAUCUGGACCAGAAGCUGGAGAAUCUGCAUUCCCUUGAAAGAAAUUGAUCUAAGCUCAGCAAAAAAGAAGGUCGAUCUUGAUGUUAUUAAACAAAGUGUCGCUGAAGAAGCAGCUUAUGUCAAAUCCAGACCUUGGUAUUAUAGAGUUUACUACUUCUGGUGUUAA